AGCAUAAUAAACGAAUAUUGUUUCAGAGGUGUAUCAACUGUUGUAAGUUAAAGCAAGCGUGAUAUUACACACAAUGACCACAAAUAAACCGUGCACAAUUUGUAUAUCAGCUGUUUAAAUGACAUUAAUUACACCGGAGUGCUAUGGCUGGGGAAAUAUAUCUAAUUUUCAGUUAAAUGUCGAGUGCCUUCUAAUUAGCUAUUAAUGUAAUUAAAAGUUCAUUUAUUCCUCCAGCGUUACCAGACGAGUAGGUUCACAUCAUUCUCACUCAUCUUAUUUGUGAAAGCAAUUGUGUUGCGCGUCUGGUUGUGGUUCGGAAUGAAAUUUGCCAGCUCUGUUUGACGGAUAUCUUCGGCUCGACUUUUGAAAGGUUGCCCAGGAGUCGCCGCGUAAAUAAACAGGUUAGAUAGUGGGUUGGUCAGUUUGUCAACAGUGCACGAGGAGUCUUACACAUGGCCACAUUUCGAUACGGGUGUGUGUUUGUUUCCCCCCGGCUUCUUUUCUGUUUUUCUGUUUGUUUGUGUGUGCAAAAGAUUUGAAACGAAUAGACUAGAGGGACAUAGCCUCAAACGGUGAUGAAUCCUCCGCUCUGUGUGUGGCUGCAGUCCGAGAGCCGAAGCUAAUUAUUGGAAGCUCCGUGUUGAUAAAGAACAGCUCAUCCUACUCUCCACAUCAUGUCCCCUCCUCGCUGGCCACUCUCGCUGCAUGUUGUUUAAAUUCACAUCACCAACCACCAGACGUCGUUUCCUUUUCCCUGGGAGAUGAUGGACAGCAGGAUACUGGAUCCACCUCAUGCCCAGUUCGGAGGCUCGCUCGGUGGGAUGGUGAGCUUCCCGUACCAUCUAAGCCACCAUCAUGUAUACGAAUUAGCCGGUCAUCAACUUCAAUCUACGGCCGCGGUUCCUUUCUCAAUAGACGGAUUACUUAACGGCUCCUGCACGGCUUCUGUGGUGAAUUCUAACCAUCUCUUGUCGUCUGGCUGCGGAAUGAAUGGAGAUAACCAACAGUACAAGCUGACAGAUUCGGGUGAUCCAGACAAGGAUAGCCCGGGUUGUAAAAGAAGACGAACUCGUACCAAUUUCACCGGCUGGCAGCUGGAAGAAUUAGAGAAGGCUUUUAAUGAAAGUCACUAUCCAGAUGUGUUCAUGAGGGAAGCACUUGCUCUGAGAUUGGAUUUGAUAGAAUCGAGAGUGCAGGUUUGGUUUCAAAACCGAAGAGCAAAAUGGAGAAAAAAGGAAAACACGAAGAAGGGGCCUGGGCGACCUGCACACAACUCCCAUCCGACGACCUGCAGUGGCGAGCCAAUGGACCCUGAGGAAAUUGCGCGCAGAGAACUAGAGAGGCUGGAGAAAAAGAAAAGGAAACAAGAAAGAAGGCUUUUAAAAUCGCAGAACAAACUCAUUUCCGGGGACUUAUUUCACACCCCAGGAUCUGACAGUGACAGUGGCUUGUCACAAGUAACGGACAAUGAGCAAAGCCUCCAUUGCGACAUGGGCCGAAACCAAACGCAACCAAGCUGUGACCAAACACCACAGAAACUCCAGAACCAAAGAACCGCGGACCAAGACGCAAGCGGAUCCGAGCUGGACUCGUCCGACAGCGGUCAGCAGUCAAACCUGUGCUCCAACAGUAGGUCUUCCACUCUUCAAAAACUCAAUCCAUUCAGUGUGGAAAGCCUUCUGUCGGACUCCAGGCCGAGGCGCAAGUCGCAUAUGGACUUCCCAGUAUCUGCUCCACGGCCUUUGAUAGGGAAAGGACAUUUUUUACUGUACCCAAUUUCACAACCUCUCGGUUUCAUUGUUCCACAGACUGCUUUGAAGAGCACAGCACCAGGCCCUGAUUCUGAAUAUGGCCAGAAAGGGCCAGCUGCUGACAGUACCUUUGCUGGAAUCCUAGGACACAGGAACGCCAAGGAGAACAACAGUGUAAACAACAGCGGCGCGCGAGCAAUCAAAGGCCAGGUCAGUCCGUCGGGCAACAUAACGUGUUCAGCACAGAGCACUUCACCACAGACUAUUAAUGGUCACUCGGCGUCGGCGGGCAGCUGUAACGAAAGAUGCCCACAUGAUAUAGAGUUAAACCCAGUCGAUCCAAAGUCUCCACAUUCAGAGAAAAAGGAGCAGUCGUUACCUGACUAUCUACCACAAAAUUCAGAAUCAGCGACAAGCAACAAGGACACCGACAAAGACUCAGUUGACGUCGAUAUGGAAUAAAUGAAAUCGUAGUAGAAGCUGAGGUGCGUGUCGAUAUGGCACGCGCGCACGCAGAUUAAACGAGGAGGAAAAAAGUCGACAUAUCGAAACGUAUCGUUUUCAUUGACAUUUAUAUUCUGAUUAGGGGAAAUAUCUGUGUGAAAAAAUGUGUGUGUGUGGUGGGCUAUCAGAUGUUUAUUGAACAAAUAGCAGCAGCUCCCUGUAUAAGAAAUUGUAAAAGGGCAAAAAAAAAAAAAAAAAAAAAAAGGCCAAGACAAAACCUCAGAAGUUGUACAAAGCAUUAAGAUAUUUAUAUAUGUAAGUUUUUUUUCAUAAAUAAAUCGAUUGUAUACAACAAA